AUGUACACGUACGUGUAUGCUGGCGUCGUGGCCCUGUCGCUGCUGGGAGGUGGGCUGGCGCAGGACGGCGCGGGCUGGUACGCGGCGCACCCCGGCAUGGCCCGCGUGCAGCGGGUGAACCAGGACACGCACCAGAUUGUCGACGAGUUCGGCCGCGCGCGCUUCUUCCACGGGACCAACGUCGUCAUGAAGGAGCCGCCGUGGCACCGCCCGGCCGAGUGGGUGCCCGGCGUGUCGUCCUUUGGCGAGCGCGACGUCCGCAACAUGCGCGACCUGGGCCUCAACGUCGUGCGCCUGGGCCACAGCUGGGCCGGCGCCGAGCCCGUGCGAGGCGAGUACAACGAGACCUUUCUCGACAUCAUGAGGGCCCAGACCAGCCUGGCCGAGGCCCACGGCAUCUACGUCCUGGUCGACGUGCACCAGGACGUGCUGGCGCGGCAGCUGUGCGGCCACGGGGUGCCCGACUGGUUUGUCAAAAAGGACUGGGUGCCCGCCUGGGAGAGGUAUCCCUUCCCGCUCAAGCUGUCGCCCUUCUCCGUCGACAAGGACGGCUUCCCGUCGCCGGCCUCGCUCUGCGGCAGCGUCGACUGGGCGCUGAGCUACACGUCGGUGGCCGUCAGCAACGCCUUUGGCCGGCUGUACAACAACUUUGACGGGCUGGGCGACGCCUUCGCCGCCUACUGGCGCAAGCUGGCGGCGGGCUACGCGGCCACGGCCAACGUCGUCGGCUACAACCUGCUCAACGAGCCGUGGGUGGGCGACAGCUGGGCCGACCCGUCGCUGCUGGUGCCGGGCGUCGCCGACCACAAGGCCCUCGAGGGGCUCUGGAACCGCGCCGCCACGCAGAUCCGCGCCGUCGACAACGACACCCUCAUCUGGUUCGAGGGCGCCACGCUCGACAUCCUCUCGGGCUUCAACAACGUGCCGCUCGGCGACGGCGCCCGCUCCGUCCACUCGUACCACUACUACAAGCCGCCGCAGCUGGGGUCCAUCGCCGACACCCUCGCCAACCGCCGCAGGGACAACGAGCGCCUCCGCACCGCCGGCGUCCUGACCGAGCUGACCUUUUGGAUGGGCGACGACCAGCAGAUGCGCGACCUGGCCGACGCCAUGGAGGCCACUGACGCCGCCAUGGUCUCGUGGAUCGGCUGGGCCUACGAGAACCUGUACAACGGCACCACGGGCCGGCCCUACCCCGAGCUGGCUGGGCACUAUGCCCGCGCUUAUCCCGCUGCCGUCGCCGGCGUGCCCCGGAGCUUCGGCUUCGAUGAGAAGUCUGCCACCUUUACGCUGCGCUUCACGGCUGACCCGGCCAUCGACGCGCCCACCGAGGUCAUCCUGCCCCCGGCCACUUUCCCCGGCGGAUAUAGCGUCCGGAUCUCUCCUGAGGGCAGCUUGCUGCAGCACAAGCCUGACGAGCGCACCCUGGCCCUGUUCACGUCCCCGGGCGUCAAGAAUGCCACUGACGUGUCUGUCACAAUCACCCGUGCAUAG